GCACAAUAUUCAAAAUUCCAUCCACAGAAAGCGUGUUGUGUAAAGGUUUCUCGGGGAAUUGUCGAGGAAUUCUCGUGCGGAGCUCGUCCUCUCCGUUGUGGAGUGUGUUUAACAGAUGCUCGUUGUGAACGUUUGCAAUUGGAAGAUCUGCUGAUAGCACCACUGCAACGUAUCACCAGGUUACCGAUACUGCUCAAAGAAAUACACAAGUACACGUCGAGUGACGAGGAUAAAGCACGCAUUGAGAAAGUCAUUGAUACCAUGAAUGAAUCGCUGAGAUCGAUCGAUGACUCUGUACAGUGGUUACACAACUUCGAACGUCUACAACAGCUACAAACACAAGUUGUGUGGCCAUCAAUCAUGGAAAUUGAGCCACGAAGCUUCAUUCCGGAUUUUCUUCGUGUCGCAUUAUCGCGACAGUUUUGUGAGAAUUUACUGGCUCAUCCGAGACGAAAACUUAUGCAUGAAGGACAUCUUGAGUUUGUUGAGAACGGCAAGACAUCGGAUUGCUACGCGUUUCUUUUCAACGAUAUGUUUGUGUUGACAAAAGUUAAGAAAUGCUCUACAAGGCUCAAGGUACCAAUUGUGAGUUGUUAUGCUGCAUAUCCAUUGUCACUGAAGUUUGCGUUUGUGAUCAUUCAUUUGACACGAUACUAUCAAGUUGUUUCAAUAUACACUCUUCAGGCUGCAAAUAAACACGAUAAAGAUCAGUGGAUUGAGAAAUUCCAAGAGUCGAUCGAGAAUUACGAGUCGAUCCAGCUGAAGGACAUGCUCAAGUGUACACCACUCUUCUCAUCGCUCUCAUUGCGACGAUGUUCCAGUUCGCGUCUAAUGCCCACCACCACAACAAAGUAUCAUGUCCCUGACAGCAGUGCUCACGAUCAACAUCAAUGA